AGGGUACAAUGUUUUGACCUUUGACCCUACACGGAAGUGAAAGUAGAUCAGGCGGAUAUAUAUGCCGAAUUGUAUUCGAUCUUCUGACAAGUCAUCCAGUGUUCAAAGGACAAUAUCGACAUUUUAUUUAAAGUUGUUAUGGAUUAGGAGAAACAAUGUCAUUUAGCAGACGCGGAGCUGUAAGGAAUAAAGAUAGCAGAAAUUAUGGAUCUGUACAAGUUACAGACGAACGGAGUCCAAGCCCACGGCCAGGUGCAAGCCCGCAGCCAGUUACCGGCCUUCAGUCCGAGGAUAAGAUAGCCAUAUUGAAAGGUCAGGUAAAUGAAGUGAAGAGCAUCAUGAAAGAUAAUAUUGAGAAAGUUAUUGAAAGGGGCGAGAAAGCUCAAGACCUUUCCGAUAGAACAGAAAGUUUGGCUGUGACAAGUACCAGGUUUAAGGACAGUGCUGUAGACUUAAGGAAACAAACACAGAGAAGGAACUGGAAACUAACAUGUUGUAUUGUCUGUGUGGUAGUUGUCGUUUUAGCCAUAAUAACUGUUGUUGUACUCUAUGCUUUGAAAGUCAUCUAGCACACAACGCCGUUAGAGCCACCAAUAUACUCAUCAUUUCUAGUCCGUACCAUUUUACAAGACAUUUUAGCCGUGCCAUGGGAAAACCAACAUAGUGGGUGUGCGACCAGCAUGGAUCCAGACCAGCCUGCGCAUCAGCGCAGUCUGGUCAGGCUCCAUGCUGUUCGCUUUUAAAGCCUAUUGGAGUUGGAGAAACUGUUAGCGAACAGCAUGGAUCCUGACAAGACUGCGCGGAUGCGCAGGCUGGUCUGGAUCCAUGCUGGUCGCACACCCACCAUGUUGGUUUUCCCACGGCACGGCUCAUUUAUUUAUUGCCAUGCAAGAGUGAGGGCUGGAAUGUUUUCACAAGUACAACUGCAAAAAUCCGAUUUGCGUAGAUGAAAAGUUCUAAAAUUCUAAAAUAAACAAAUCUUUUUUACUAACUACUAAGACUUCUUCAGUGUAUUUAUAUUUGUAGUAUGCCAUGUAUGUACACUUAUUAUCAGAAGUAUUCAAGCCUGUUUCUAGUAUACAGACUGAAACAGACAAUAUUUUUGUAGUAAUAUUUAGUUUCUAGUCACAAAAGUGUGAGAAAGCUAGUCGUCUACACAUUUUGUGUACAUUUUGUAUGUAUUUUCUGUAUAUAUUAUGUGUUCGCUUUGUUUACAUUCUGUGUUCAUUCGGUGUACAUUCUGUGCGUACAUUCAGUGUUUUGUACGUUCAUUCUGUGUGUAGGUUAUGUGUGUGUACUUCAUAACAUUCUAUGUGUAAAUUCUCGUUAAUUUUGUCUGUACAUUAUGUGUGCGUACCUUAUGUAUGUACAGCUACAUUUUAUCUUAAUUGUAUGUGUACAUUCGGUGUGUACAUUUUGUAUACAUUGUGUAGGCAUACAUUAUGUGUGUACCUUAUGUAAGUACAUUCUGUGUUCAUUCUGUAUGUACAUUAAUGAUUUUGUGUGUUUACUUUGUGUACAUUUUGCAUGUAUAUCCUUUGUGUUCAUUCAAUGUAGUGUGAUAGUUCGGAUGCAUGUCACUUAUUUUGUGACUCAAGAGUGAGAAUGAUAAAACAGUGUUAGAUAUUGUAGAAUUUACAUAUUUAAAAAUAAAUUUACAGUGGUAAGAUCUAAGCUGACUCUCAUUCAUUUAAGGUCAGGUUUUUUAUGACAUUGAAUUCUUGAAAUUAUUAUUUUAGUAUUUUAUUUUGAUCUUCCGAACUUGUGUCAAGGUUUGUAACCUCAGGUAAAGAGGUUUGUGUGCGUCUGGUAGUAGGAUUUAAGCAUGACUGUUUUUUCUAGACUGUUGUUAACUAAUUAUUAGAAUCCUCAUUGAAGUCAUUAUCAACAACAACUUUUAUUAGCCAAUAACAUAUAGUUUGCCUACUUUUCUAUGUAUAAAAUUUCUGUGGUUUUCUUUGCACAAAAUUUAUUUAUAGAUUGACUCUCAGGUGUUUUUUUUUAAAUAUUUAUACAACUAAUAAGCAUACUGAACAAAACAGAUUGAUGUGUAAAUUUUGUUAAGUCAUUUCAAUGAAUUACACUUGCAUGAAAUGCUUUCCAGUUUCCUAUAGAAUCUAGUUCAUCCUAAUAUUUAUCUAUAGAUAUAUUUAUACACUUGCUUAUAUAGAGGAUAUUACAUGAGUGUCUUUUCAUAUUGAAUUUAUUAAACGGGUUGAAUUAAAUGAUAAAAUGCGAGGCUCUGCCGAGCAUUUUAUCAAUUUUAUUCAACGAGUUUAAUAGAUUCAAUGUGGAAAGUCACAAAUGUAAUAUUCUUUUUAUCACAUGUUAGCCUUUCCUGUCGAAACCUCUAAAAUUCUACUUUCUUUCACUAUACAUACAAGUCAAUUUGACCAACGUCUCCGAUACUAUAAACGACGUCGGCGUCAAAGCUUUAUUACACUAGUGUAUUAUCAUUUUUAUUUCAUGGCUUUAUUACACUCCCGCGACGUCAAACAUGUGAUAAAUAAAACAUACCUCAUAUUUUUUUCUGGAGAUUUUACAUAUUUUCCCAUAAAACAUAACUUUUAUACAAACGUCUUGAUCAUGAAUUACACCAUUUAUGUAAGUGGUAAGCUUGCUUACAUAUUGUACGUUUAUAUAUCUGAAAUAUUGUUAAUUUUAUGUAUGUUUGAAAAAGAGAAUAAGUGAUAACGUGGUCUUCGGCUUCCAUCUAUACAAAAAGACCCGUAUUCGUGAACAUUUAAACUUAAAACUAUAAAAUGCUUAAUUUUUAUUUUGCUCUGUAGUUGUUUAAAGCAGCCCAUGAAAAUGCAUUCUGCUGUUGAAGACAGUUCUGAAAAUUUUCGAUUGAAUAGUUACUUUUUUUUAUCAACAAAGUUAUGGCAACCUGAAUAUUUGCUAUUCUUAACUCCAAGACGUCAAACGCGGAUUAAUAUUUAAACAGUUUUAGUAUACCCUGAUCAUGAGUGAUUUUAGAUUUGUCAGUUACUGUUAAUAUGCCAAUUGCAUGAAUGUUGAUGAAUGUUGAUGGAUGAAGUUUCAAUAAUGUACAUAUAUAUGUAGAACACGUAUUGGUGUAUUUCUAAAUUUGAACGUUAAGAAACCUAGUCCCUACUGCAUUUUAUGCUAUUCGUUAUCAGUAUUUGUUAUAGUCAAUAUAUCUUUUAUAUCAUACACAAAGAAAUAAAUGUAUGGAAAUGUA